UUCUUCAAUCUUUUCUCAAAAAAAAAAAAAAAGGAACAUGGUCUGAGAAAGUGAUUUGAAAAAAAGAUAAUGAUGAGAGUCUCAGGUUACACAGUCAUCGCUGCACUAUCUAUCUUCACAUUCUCUUUCUACACUUAUUGCGUUCAUUCUCGUCCCUUCGUUCUCGUUCUCUCCAACGAAGAUCUCAACAACGGGUUUGACGAUUACGGCGCCGAGGCCGACGACGAGUCCUCUGAUUUCGAUGAUGUCGGGGAAUCCGAAUCUAAGUCCAUGUAUGAGCUUGAUCCAGGUUCAUGGCGUCCAGUCUUCGAGCCACAAAUUCUCGCGGCGGCGUCGAGUGAAGGAAACACUAGUUUAAUGGAGGAAGCGGUCUCAGAGAUUGAUUCAUCUGCUUCUUCCGGAGAUCCACACUCUCAGUCACUGAUGGGGUUUGUGUACGGGAUUGGGAUGCUGCGGGAGAGUACCCGAAGCAAAUCAAUUCUGCAUCAUCAUUUCGCGGCUGAGGGAGGCAACACGCAAUCUAAGAUGGCACUUGCUUUCAGAUAUCUACGACAACACAUGUAUGAUAAAGCUGUUCAAUUAUAUGCUGAACUAGCUGAGACUGCAGUCAAUAGCUUUCUGAUCUCUAGAGAUUCUCCCAUGAUGGUUGAACCUAUUAGAAUCCAUAGUGGAACAGAGGAGAAUAAAGAUGCACUUAGGAAAUCACGUGGGGAGGAAGAUGAGGAUUUUCAGAUUUUGGAAUACCAGGCGGAGAAAGGGAAUGCUGCGGCAAUGCACAAGAUUGGACUGUUUUAUUACUUUGGUUUGAGAGGAUUAAGGUGUGAUCAGGCCAAGGCCUUGUACUGGUUUUCUAAGGCUAUAGAGAAAGGAGAGCCAAUGUCAUUGGAGCUUAUGGGGGAGAUUUAUGCUAGAGGAGCUGGUGUUGAGAGAAAUUAUGAUAUGGCACGUAAGUGUCUUACACUUGCUGUAAAACAAGGUCUCUAUUCUGCAUUUAAUGGUCUUGGUUACUUGUAUGUCAAAGGCUAUGGAGUAGAUACGAGAAACUUCACUAAGGCGAGAGAGUAUUUUGAGAUGGCUGCAAAUAAUGAAGACCCGAGCGGGCAUUAUAACCUUGGAGUGUUGUAUCUUAAAGGCAUUGGAGUCAAGAAGGAUGUGAGGCACGCAACCAAAUAUUUCUUUGUUGCUGCCAAUGCUGGUCAACCAAAGGCUUAUUAUCAACUCGCCAAGAUGUUCCAUGCGGGCGUUAGGCUUACAAAGAACUUGGAAAUGGCGACGACUUUUUAUAAGCUAGUAGCAGAAAGAGGACCAUGGAGUUCUCUCUCUAGAUGGGCUCUUGAAGCUUACUUGAAAGGUGAUGUAGGAAAGGCUUUUAUGUUGUAUUCGAGAAUGGCAGAGCUCGGUUAUGAAGUAGCACAAAGUAAUGCUGCCUGGAUACUCGAUAAAUACGGGGAAAGAAGCAUGUGCAUGGGAGUGUCAGGAUUUUGCACAGAUAAGGAGAGGCAUGAUCGGGCUCAUUCUUUGUGGUGGCGUGCCUCUGAACAGGGAAACGAACAUGCUGCAUUGCUUAUUGGAGAUGCAUAUUACUACGGCCGGGGUACGGAGAGAGAUUUUGUGCGUGCAGCAGAGGCAUACAUGUAUGCGAAGUCUCAAUCAAAUGCACAAGCAAUGUUCAACCUAGGUUACAUGCAUGAGCAUGGAGAAGGUCUUCCCUUUGAUCUCCAUCUAGCUAAACGUUACUACGAUCAGGCCCUCCAGAGUACCGCUGCUGCAAAAUUACCUGUCACGCUUGCUCUUGCGAGUUUAUGGGUUCGCAAAAACUAUGCUGAUACCGCCCUGGUACGAGUACUAGAUUCUUUACCAGAAGUGUAUCCAAAGGUGGAGGAAUGGGUAGAUAAUGUAGUGUUGGAAGAAGGUAAUGCGACCAUACUAACUCUCUUACUCUGUCUUAUGACCGUUUUAUAUCUCCGAGGAAGACAACGUAGACAGGUGGUUUUGGAUCCUGUUGGUGCUGACGUGGCACACCCUCUCGCUGGACCAUUGGCAGCUUUUCCCCAGUAAUCGCUGUACCAGGUGAACAAAUCGAAGGUAAAGAAGCAACAAAGAGAGACCAGUUACUCUGUAAAGGUUCUAACUUAGUUCCAUACUCUUGACACAAUGACACUGAACCAUAGGCUAUUAGGGGACUAAUUUUGUAGGUUUCUCUGUAAAUGCCAUUCAGUAUUUACCCCGUAUGAAAUUUUGAGAAUACAAUAAUGGUUGCAUA